AUGGACGACCGUAAAGUGGAUGAGGCCCUGGACGGCAUCGUAAAACCAGCUGGAUUUUGGCAAUAUAUGGUCGUAAUCCUUACUGCAAUCUCGAUUCCUGGCACAGCCAUUAUAUCGGUCUUUACUAAUUUUUUUCCCAAACAUCGCUGCCGGCUAGAGCCCCAGAUAGAGGACUGGCUACUCAGUACCUCGAGCACGCCAAAUGCUACCCGCUGGGAUAUACGCAGCGUUGCUGAAUUUUUUAGACCAAAUUUAUCCCAUCCGACUGCCGUUAGCGCCUGUGAGGUUUACGCUGUGGACCGACUGCAAAAUACAACCAUUGAAAAACUGUUCCUCUACCAGAACCAGACCCUACCACUCGAGCGAGAGAAAUGUCCCUUUGGUUUUGUCUACGAAUAUGACUGGUAA